AUGAGCCGUACCGGGGGGAUCCUUGGCUGCGCCCGUCUUUCUGCGCUCGGUGUCUUGCAGCCCAAGAGUCCUCUAGCUGGUAUCAAGCGGCUUCUUUCCACAGCUGAGUUCAGACCUCGAAUAUGUAUUGUAGGCAGUGGACCAGCUGGAUUCUACACAGCACAGCAUCUCCUGAAGCAUCACAAACAGACUCAGGUGGAUAUUUAUGAGAAGUUGCCAGUUCCAUUUGGCUUGGUUCGUUUUGGAGUGGCUCCUGAUCACCCAGAAGUCAAGAAUGUGAUCAACACAUUUACCCAGACAGCCCACUCUGACCGCUGCUCUUUUUCUGGGAAUGUGACUGUGGGGAGGGAUGUAACGGUGGAGGAGCUGCAGAAGGCCUAUCACGCAGUGGUCCUGUGUUAUGGCGCUGAGGACAAUCGGACCCUUGGAAUUCCUGGGGAGGACCUUGACGGCGUCUACACGGCGAGAGCCUUUGUAGGAUGGUACAAUGGCUUGCCGGAGAACAGAAAUCUGAAACCAGAUUUGAACAGUGAGACGGCGGUCAUCCUAGGUCAUGGGAAUGUGGCGUUGGACGUUGCACGGAUUCUCCUGUCACCUCUUGAAAUUCUUCGGAAAACCGACAUCACUGAAGAGUCCUUCUCAGCCUUGGCCAGCAGUAAAGUCAAACGGGUGUAUCUUAUUGGCAGAAGGGGUCCCCUCCAGGUGGCUUUCACCAUAAAGGAACUGCGGGAAAUGAUCAACCUACCCAGUGUUAGACCUUUCCUGGAUCCUGCAGAUUUCAGAGAUCUUGGGGAUGCCAUUAAAGACCUCCCAAGACCAAAGAAGCGCCUGACUGAGCUGAUGAUCAAAACAGCUCUGGAAGAACCGCCAGAGGAGGUGGGUGGCCGCUGGGCUUCCGCAUCCAAAGAGUGGAGAUUGAAGUUUCAGCGCAGUCCGCUGGAAGUGUUGCCCACCAUGGAUGGAAAGAGAGCAAGAGCGAUCCAGUUAGCUGUCAACAGGUUGGAAGCUGCAGGGGAUGCUGUGAAAGCAGUUCCCACUGGAGAGAUCGAGGAACUAAGGUCUGGCCUGGUUUUUAGCAGCAUUGGAUACAAAAGCCUUCCAAUUGAUCCCGCAGUACCCUUUGACAGCAAGCAAGGUGUUAUUCCCAACAAUUCAGGCAGAGUUCUUGGGGCACCAGGGCUCUAUUGCAGUGGUUGGGUAAAAAGGGGACCCACAGGUGUUAUCAUCACAACUAUGAACGACAGUUUUGACACAGCCCAGUCUGUUCUGGAAGAUCUGCAGUCUGGUGCCUUGCAACUCUCCAGUGCCAAGGAAGGCUUUGAUUUAGUAAGCCACAUCCUUCAAUCCCGAGCGGUCCACCCUGUUUCCUUUUCGGGUUGGGAGAAGAUUGAUGCUGUUGAAGUGACAAGAGGCAAACUGGCCGGAAAGCCUCGGGAGAAAAUAGUCGAUCAGGAAGAAAUGCUAGAAUUGAUUGGAUAAUGAGAUUGGACUUGCCCAAGAUUAUCAACACAAUACUCCUGCACAAUUCAGAGGUUGCAACAGAUUGUGCAAUUCCCUUUCAUUGCUCUGCAGAUACGCCACUAGCAAUAUCUGGUGGUUUUGUAUAUCUACAUUGGUUGGGGGUACCAAAAGUUCAUUGCUGUCCUCAGUAAUGGAUGUCAUCUACAGUCUGGUGGAUCCAUUGUGCUUUUUCAACUGGGGAGCUCUCCAUUACUCUGAAGAUGCUCUAAGCAGCUCCCAAACAGGAGCAGUUCUCAGUCUUGGUCCCUGUAGAAAAGGGGAGGGGAGCAGAUAAAGUCUUUCAGAGUUUCAUUUCUAGGGAUUUAUCAACUGGUGUAAGUGCCUUAUCCGCCUUUGCAAAGAUUUGAGAUUUGUUUUGUAGGGUUAGAGUGGGGGUUUGAGAGCGGUGGUCCCAUUUUGCUUUAUCCUGAUCUCAACUCCACAUAUACAGACCAGUUGAAGAAACCGCUGGACAUGAUUUCCACCACAAUCCCUCUUGUCCCUGCAUUUCUACUGGACUGUUGUCAUUAGAUCUGAUGCCAUGACAGCCUUCACAGAAGAGUCACAGUUAAAUUCACAGAGCCUUACAAAGGCUUGAAGUACAUUAAAUAAAUGAAUACAGUUUGUAGAUUGCUUUGAACAUUCUGGAUGUAAAGGUAAAAUCGGUUUUGCUCUAAAGGAAAGGGGGAGAUAAAUUUGGAUUUAGUAAUCAUGAGGAUAAGUCAAAGAGGAAAGGCAGUGUCAGUCCCUUUUCCUAUUAGGUCUGAAUAUUUUUCCUGCUCAUAUCCUGACUUUGCUGUCCAAUUGUGUAUUGUA